AGUUGGUGAUGUAACUAUCUCAACCAACCUAUAUGAAAUAAAAUAGAAAUUAUUGCCAUUGUGUUGACAUAAUUACCCUCACGGGAAACCAAAAUGACAAGGAAUCCUCUGAUCUGAACAACCGUGUGCCGAAGCCGCCAUCGACAACGCAUCGGAGAAGUUAAUCUCGAGCGGCGCGGCGGCGUUGCGUCGGAGCGAGAAACGCACAUCAUCACCAUAUUCAUAAUUUCACACCAAAAUAAAAUGAUGACGUGUUCUUCGGAGACGAUCAACAUCGCUGCGAGAACUCAGAAACUCGAUGUUGAUAAUCGGAUUUCGCUGCGUUUCUACUACAGAAUCGCUGAUAAUAUCCUCAAACAGGCUGAUAUUUUUCGUGCAGAGAAAAAUAUUGUUGAUCUAUAUGUCAUGCUCCUAAGAUUUUCUAGUUUGGUCUCUGAGACAAUACCACGGCACCGAGAUUAUAGAACAUCUCCACAGAGCAAGAAAGAAUUAUUGAGAAAGAAAUUGUUAGCUUCUGUGAUUGAGCUGGAGAAGUUGAAACCACUAGCACAACAGAAGAUCAAUGAGCUUAACAGCAGGAAAUCAUAUCAACAAAGCGGGAGGGAAAAUUUUCGGUCAAAUUUUACAAUCGAUUUUUCCCCAGUGAAAAAGCAAACGACGGCUAGUUAUGAUCAAAUAAAGGCAGUCAGACAAACUGCAGGAGAGCUUGUCUCCCGAGGAUCAAGGGGCCAGCAGUUUUCUUAUGUAAGGCCUGUUGAAGAUAAUAUGAAAAGAUUAUCUCUAACUCUCCCACGUCCAAAAGAAGAAACUCUCUCCAGACAUUCUAUUCUAGGUCCAAAUGGGCUUAAAGGGCAGUGGCAACCACCUACAAGUGAUAAAGGGGUGAGGUAUCCCACUAUCAUAGAUCUGUCUCCAGUUGAAAUUCCAAGCCUUCACCAAUCCUUGGAAGAUGGAUCUCUGAAUAAAAAAGAUAAUAGCAUUUCAGAACAGAAUAUAUCAGAUUUAGAAUCUACUCUUGCCCAGAGUGAGGACUGCCAGGUCCAACAUACUGAUGAAACUCCUUCACUUAUCUCUUUUGAAGAAACAGAAGACUUGGAUCCUAUAAAAGUUAUCAGACAGCCUUCUCCUCCACCUGUACUUGCUGAAGUACAAGAUUUGGUUCCUACAGUAUCACCUCAUGUUGAUGAGGCAGGAUGUAAGACAGAGACUCUAUCAUCAGAUAGUUUUGUUCGUGGAGAGUCUCCUCUACAAUUACACAUUUCAACUGCAAUGAUGGGGAGUUUUAUGAAGCUUGCCAAGUCUAACACUGACAAAGAUUUAGAGACUUGUGGUAUCCUUGCAGGCUCACUUAAAAACAGAAAAUUUUAUAUUACAGCUCUAAUAAUCCCCAAGCAGGAGGCAACAUCAAGCUCUUGUCAAGCUACAAAUGAAGAGGAAAUAUUUGAAGCACAGGAUUCACGAUCUCUUUUUCCCCUUGGAUGGAUCCAUACUCAUCCUACACAAUCUUGUUUCAUGUCAUCAAUUGAUGUUCACACCCAUUACUCAUAUCAGAUUAUGUUGCCAGAAGCUGUUGCAAUUGUCAUGGCACCAACCGACAGUUCAAGAACCCACGGUAUUUUUCGGCUGACAACCCCCGGUGGCAUGUCGGUCAUUAGACAGUGCCAGCAACGUGGCUUUCAUCCACAUAAUCAGCCUCCAGAUGGCGGUCCCAUUUAUGAUACAUGUACAGAUGUUUUCUUGAAUCCAGAUUUAAAAUUUGAUGUCAUCGAUCUUCGAUAGUAAGAGUUUUUUUUUGUGUCUCUAGAAGGGUAAAAAACUAGUCAUUGAAUUGUUCAUAUUACCACACUUUCUAAGAUAUAUAGGUUUUACCAUUUAUCCAGCCAUGGACAUCAAAAUGUAUAUCACGUUGGCCUUUGUUUGUAAAAGAAGAAAUGUUGCUCGUUGACAGUUUAUUCUUGGCUUUUGCAGCUCUACUUAAUUUGUAACUAUACAUUAAUGGCCUGUUUGCCAUUGUUCUGUUCUGUAUUGCAUCCAGGAGAUUUGGUGAAAUCCUAAACUACCUGUAAAAAUAUUUAUGAUUA